CUCUCAUUCCACCCCUUAUCCCCCAACCCAAAGGCCAUACAUAGAGGACCGCCGGAGCUAUGGCUGCGAGCUCCCCAAACCCCAAGAACCCUCACCGCCGGUGAAUGGACGCCGCUGUGCUCCUCGCUUCUUCCGUUUUCUCGAGUCUGCUCACCUCCACUGAAGCCAAGAUGGCCGCCCGAGCCUCCUCCUGCCUCGUUUUUUCACAAGGGACUCGCUUUUCUAUCGGCAGGGCUGCCCCUUUUAGGCCGGUUCUCCUCGCCCGCCCUUUUUCCACUGAUUCCACCGAGGGCUGUCUUGGUUCUGGUUCGAAAAGGAGAGCCAGAGGGCCUGUGAUGGCAGCGAAGAAAGCAGCAGAAGGUGAGAAGCAAGAAGAGGGGAAGUAUAAGCACACAGUGGAUUUGCCCAAGACAACGUUUGGCUUGAGGGCCAAUGCAGUGGUGAGGGAGCCGGAGAUUCAGAAGAUGUGGGAGGACAACCAGGUGUUUCAGAGGGUGGUGGAUGGAAACACCGGGGUGGGUUUUAUUGGCUUAAGUGGGUAAUUUUGUUCUUCAUGAUGGUCCACCAUAUGCUAAUGGCAAUCUACACAUGGGCCAUGCAUUGAAUAAAAUUUUAAAGGAUAUUAUUAAUCGGUACAAGCUACUUCAAAACUACAAAGUCCGUUUUGUUCCUGGCUGGGAUUGCCAUGGCCUUCCAAUAGAAUUAAAAGUUUUGCAGUCAAUGGAUCAAGAUGCCAGAAAGGAGCUAACACCAUUAAAGUUGAGAGAAAAAGCUGCUAAAUUUGCCAAAGAAACUGUGAACAUUCAGAUGAAAUCCUUCAAGCGCUAUGGAAUAUGGGCAGAUUGGAACAAUCCUUAUCUAACCCUUUCUCCAGAAUAUGAAGCUGCUCAGAUAGAAGUGUUUGGUCAGAUGACCAUGAAGGGUUACAUCUAUAGAGGUCGAAAGCCUGUUCAUUGGAGUCCAUCCUCACGUACAGCUCUUGCAGAGGCUGAGUUAGAGUAUCCUGAAGGGCACGUAUCUACAAGCAUAUAUGCUAUUUUCAAGAUUAUUAGUGCUCCUCCAGCUUCAUAUGGUUUAUUUGAGGAAUUUCUUUCAGAUUUAUGUCUGGCUAUAUGGACGACUACUCCUUGGACUAUUCCAGCAAAUGCUGCUGUUGCAGUGAAUCCCAAGCUUCUAUACGUGGUGGCUGAAGUGCAUUCCAUCCUAAAAGACACUGCAUUAUCUAAAGAGAAACAAGCAAAUCUCAGCAGAGCUUUGAAAGCUGGGCAAACAAAGGCCUUUGUAGUAGUGGCAUCAGAGCUUGUAUCAACACUUGAAUCCAAGUGGGGGGUGAAACUGAUGGUGAAGAAAACUUUCCAUGGAUCAGCCCUGGAGAAUUUCAGGUAUUUACAUCCUGUGAGUGGCAAGGAAUGUCCUGUUGUCCUAGGAGGAGACUAUAUUACAACACAGUCAGGAACAGGACUUGUUCAUACUGCCCCAGGCCAUGGUCAGGAAGACUAUGCAACUGGCUUGAAAUAUGGACUACCUAUACUUUCUCCAGUGGAUGAUGAAGGAAAGUUUACGGAAGAAGCUGGACAGUUCAGUGGUUUAGAUGUCCUCGGGUCUGGUAAUGCUGCUGUCGUGAAAUAUCUGGACGAACAGUUGUCACUGAUUUUAGAAGAGCCAUAUAAGCAUAAGUACCCUUAUGAUUGGAGAACAAAGAAGCCAACAAUAUUCAGAGCCACGGAACAGUGGUUUGCUUCUGUGGAUGGUUUCCGGCAGACUGCUAUGGAUGCAAUUAAUGAAGUGAACUGGAUUCCUGCACAGGCAGUUAAUAGAAUCAUAGCUAUGACUUCUAGUCGCUCUGAUUGGUGCAUUUCACGACAAAGAACUUGGGGUGUUCCCAUUCCAGUUUUCUAUCAUGUGCACUCGAAAGAACCACUGAUAACUGAGGAAACUAUUGCUCAUAUCAAGGCUAUAGUUUCAAAUAAGGGUAGUGAUGCAUGGUGGUACAUGUCAACUGAGGAACUUCUUCCUCAUAAGUAUCGUGACAAAGCUUCGGAGUAUCAGAAGGGAACGGAUACAAUGGAUGUUUGGUUUGAUUCUGGCUCAUCCUGGGCUGCUGUCUUGGGGAAAAGGGAUGGUCUUAGUUUUCCAGCAGAUUUGUAUCUUGAAGGUACAGAUCAGCAUAGAGGGUGGUUCCAAAGCUCUUUGUUGACCAGUAUUGCUUCAACAGGAAAGGCUCCUUAUUCAUGUGUUAUAACACAUGGUUUUGUACUCGAUGAGAAGGGUUUGAAAAUGAGCAAAUCCCUUGGUAACAUUGUGGAUCCAGAAAUUGUUAUUAGUGGAGGAAAAAACAUAAAGAAUGAACCUGCUUAUGGAGCUGAUGUUCUCCGUCUUUGGGUUUCCAGCGUUGAUUAUGCUGGAGAUGUAAUGAUUGGCCCUCAAAUUCUUCGUCAGAUGUCUGAUAUGUAUAGAAAAUUACGAGGAACAUUGCGAUUUCUUUUGUCAAAUCUGCAUGAUUGGAAAAUAGAGAAUGCUGUUUCAUACAGUGAGCUUCCCAAACUUGACAAAUAUGCAUUAUUUCAACUUGAAAAUAUUGCGGAUGCCAUCAGAGACAGUUAUGAAAACUAUCAGUUCUACAAGAUCUUCCAGAUCAUACAGCGCUUUGCCAUUGUUGAUUUGUCAAACUUUUACUUUGAUGUUGCUAAAGAUAGACUUUAUGUGGGAGGUACAAGCAGUUACACAAGGAGGAGUUGCCAAACGAUUCUUGCAGCACAUCUUCUUUCCAUUGUUAGGGUGAUUGCUCCAAUUUUGCCACACUUGGCUGAGGAUGUUUGGCAAAACCUUCCCUUUGGCUAUGUGAAAGAGGAUGGUUCUGUUGCCAAAUUCGUUUUUGAGCUAAAAUGGCCAGGUGUAAAUGAAAAAUGGCUUGCAAUGCCAGCUGACGAUGUUGAUUUCUGGAGGAUAAUUCUUGAGUUGAGAUCAGAGGUGAAUAAAGUUUUAGAGAAUGCUCGAACUGGUAAGCUGAUUGGUUCCAGCUUGGAAGCAAAAGUGUAUCUUCAUGCAUCAGAUGGCGCCACAGCAACCAGACUACAGGAAAUGUGUACUGCCAUAAAUGAUGCAGAUGCUCUUCAUAGGAUACUUAUAACAUCUCAGGUUGAGAUUUUGAGUUCACUAGACAAUGAAUUGGUCACAAGUAUACCAUAUUCUGGUAGAUAUACAGAUAAGAGGACAGGUGAAAUAUGGAUAGGUGCGACUCGGGCCGGUGGUAUGAAGUGUGAGAGAUGCUGGAAUUAUUCACCACAAGUUGGUUCAUUUGUCGAGCACCCUACUCUUUGCGCUCGUUGCUUCAGUGUAAUUGAUGUACAACCACUUCCUGCCGCCGCCGGAGUCAGUUGAGUCUUCACAAAGGUGAAGGGUGAAGGUUCUGCAAUCUUGUGGUGUGUUAGACUUCCUCCAGUGACAUCACGUAUGCAGUAGAGUUCGUUUCUGUGCCCCUGAAUCAUCUGAUUUGGAAAAUAUUCAUUUUUUUGAAUCACAAUAAUUUUUUUAGUGCUAUAGGUAGAAAAGGAAAAAAUUUUGAUUGUUGGUUUACCAUGUAGCUGAAUGGGAUUCAGUUAAGGUAUAUUUUUCCCAAUAGAUAUGGAAAUUCUUUUGGAUUUAUGUAUUGAUCAUUUGCAAUAUUUAUCAAGAUUAUAAAGGUUCUUUAAGUUUGACAACA